CCAGCGGUACAUUACAUCAGACCCCAUCUGCAAACAUGCUGUCUCUCUCUGUGAUGGUGGGACUGGUCCCCAUAGUGUCCCUCUUCGGUUUGUUCUACUCUGCAGCGGUGGAUGAGAACUUCCCUCAGGGCUGCACCAGCAGCAGCAGUCUGUGCUUCUACAGCCUGCUGCUGCCGGUCACCAUCCCUGUCUAUGUCUUCUUCCACCUGUGGAGCUGGAUGGGGAUCAAGCUCUUCAGGCACAACUAGGCUGAUCUCUCAGCACUGAUGUUAAAGCACGUGGCUGCUGCGGGUUUGUCUUUGGGUGAACACAGAUGGCUCAGCACCGCUGAAUAUUUACUGCUUUUUAAAGCUGAUAUUUAGAGUGUGAAGCAGAAUAUGUCAUUAGUUAUUAAACAAACGCCUGGAUACCACUUUCACAAAAGUGUAACACGACAGGCUGUAAGUAUAUUUUCUGAACAGAUUAAAAUAAUAAAGAUCUUUAUUC